GCGUCCAGUUUGAGCCCAACUGCUCCUUUCGUCUUCAUCUCAUCCUCCAGGCGACGGCGACGUAUGGCGGCGCAGGUGAUCGGCAACAUCUAGGCGACGAGAGGCGUUCGUACCGGUGGGAGCUCGCACGGCGGCGACGACACGUUGUCCGCCGUGAAUGGCGGCAUGUGAUCCUAUACGGCGGCACAGCGGUGCCCCUUACCCAAGUAUGAUGCAGGCACUGAUUUCUGUACAAUUGAGUUCAUCCAUGGUGGAUCUUUCAUGGGCACUGGUGGUAAUCUGUCAUAUCUCAAUGGUCGCAAGGUCUGCUAUGAUUACUGUGACAGUAGUGUUGCUUGUAUGGAGAUGUUUUAUGAAUUAGUAGAGAAGGUGGGUUAUGAGACUGCAGGAAGAAUUCAAAUCUAUUUGUUGCUGCCUGGGAUGCAAGUGAAUGAAGAUGGGCUCAGGUUGAUUGCAAGCAAUAAUGACACAAAAUGCAUUAACAAGCUAGUUAGAGAGGGGCACAAAUACCUGAUGUUGUAUCUUGUUCAUGAUGUUGCUUCUGGUGGAGGAGGAUGUGAUGACGUGUUAGCAAAUCCAUGUACACAAGCACCUGAUGUGAUCAGUCCUAUGAAGAGCAGGAUAAAUGUAGAAGGGACAAGCAAGAGGAGUAGAAGAGGUACAACGGAGGUAGACGAGGAGUUAUGUAGCGAAACUGAUAGCGAAGACUCGGAUUAUGUUCCAGAAAUAAUUGAUAGUGACUAUGACCUCAAUGAUGGUGACUAUGAUUUGAUCAACGAGGAUGCAAAAGCUUUCGGUGAUGAGAAGAAAGGGACAAGGACAGGGAAGGAGCUAGCAGAGGAUCCUAACUCUGAGGAUGAUAGUCUUGAUCUGCCUGAAUCAGAUAAUGAUGAUGACAUUAAGUUCAAUUUCAAACAUUUCACUGAAGUUGAUUUGAAGGACCCCAAGUUCUAUGUGGGGCAGGUUUUCCCAUCUAUUGCAUUGAUCAGACAGGCCAUUAGGGAGUAUAGUUGUAAGGAAAGGCUGCAAAUAACAUUUCCCAAGAAUGACAAGACAAGGAUUGGAGUUGUGUGCAAUGGUGGUUGCCCUUGGUAUUUAUAUGCUUCGUUUGACAAUAGAACCAAGGGAAUUCAGGUUAAAACAUUUAAAGAUGAGCACACAUGCACAAAGAAGUGGAGUGUUAAAGCAUUCACUGCCAGAUACAUUGCUGGAAAGUAUGUUGACAAGGUCAGAGCAGAUGAUAAGAUUUCUUUGAAGGGCUUAGGAGCAAUGGUGCAGGAAGAGUGGAACAUGAAGGUUCACAGGCAGAAGCUUUGGAGAGCAAGGAAAAUAGCAUUUGACAUUAUUUAUGGUGAUGAUAUUGCUCAGUACAACAUGUUGUGGGAUUAUGCAGCUGAGUUAAGGAGGUCAAAUCCUGGUAGUACUUUUUUGUUGCAAGUCGCCGAUGAUGGUCAAUUCCAGAAGUGUUACUUCUCUUUUGAUGCAUGCAAGAGGGGAUUCCUUAUAGCUUGUAGGCCUGUAAUUUUCUUAGAUGAUUGUCAUUUGAAGACUCAGUUUGGUGGAGUUUUGUUAACUGCAAUAGGAAUGGAUCCUAAUGAUUGCAUUUAUCCCGUGGCCUUUGCUGUUGUGCAAGUUGAAAACACAGAAGCUUGGAGAUGGUUCUUGACUAUUCUUAAAGAAGAUCUUGGCAUUGUGGACACCUCACUCUGGACAGUCAUGUCUGACAAGCAAAAAGGUUUAAUUAAGGCAGUGCGAGAACUAUUUAAAGAUUCAGAGCAUAGAUAUUGUGUGAGACAUAUCUGGCAGAAUUUCACAAAGAACUUUAAGGAGAAGCGCUAAAGAAUCAAUUGUGGAGAUGUGCUAGAAGUACUACUCAUGGUCAGUUUAGAGAGAACAUGGAUAGAAUGCUAGUUCUUAGUAAGGAAGCUCGUGAUUGGUUAGAGGAGUUAGAUCCAAAAACAUGGGUAAGGGCAUUUCAAAAAGAUUUCCCCAAGUGUGAUGUACUAUUGAACAACAAUUGCGAAGUAUUCAAUAGGUAUAUUUUAGAUGCAAGAGAACUCCCCAUAUUAACCAUAAUACAGAGGAUUAAAGAACAGAUGAUGGGCAGACACUAUGGUAAGCAACUGGAGGUGCUGAAAUGGAAUGGUACCAUCUGUCCCAAAGUGAGAAAAAGGUUGCAAAGACAUAUUGAUGCUGCAGCCACAUGUCAUGCUGAUCCUGCUGGACUGGGCAUUUUUGAAGUGCAAGACAAAAACAGGCAGUUCAGUGUGGACAUAUUGUUGAGCAAAUGCACUUGCAGAAGGUGGGAUUUAACUGGGAUUCCGUGUUGUCAUGCGGUUGCAGCUGCAAGAUAUGACAAUAUUCCACCUGAAACAUUGGUCCACCCAUGUUACUCUAUUGAGACUUACCGCAAGGCUUACGAGCGCAUAAUCUUGCCGUGUAAAGAUGUGAGUGAGUGGGAAAAAAUGUAUCAGACAAGUGCUUCCUCCCAAAAUUAAGAAGAAAAAAGGCAGAAAGGCGAAGAACAGACGGCAACAACCAGAAGAGACUGAGGGUAGGGCAGGGAGGGAAGUUGGCAGAGGUGGUUGUGUUAUCCAUUGUAGCUAUUGUGGCACUGCAGGACAUAACAUAGGUGGGUGCAAAGAUUUCAAAUUAGGCCUAAAACCCAAGAGGAAGUUAAGAAAAAAGAAAGUUAGAGCAGAACCUGAAGUUUCCUCCUCCGACGAAGAAUACGAGGCCAUGACACAAGAGCAGAACAUGCAAACUGAGGGUUUAUUACAACAACAACCACCUACUUAUGAGGCGGAGGUCAUUACGACAUUAAUGGAAGAGAUAAAUGUUGCAAGCCAGAUCAUAGAACCACCUAAUUCAGGCCCUUUACCUCCAUCUGCAUUUAUUGAACAAAAUGUCCCAAGCCAACCCCAUGUUCAGCCAACAACUGCAACAUCACAAGAAAAUGUUCAUAGAAAAAGAGAGGUGCUUGCACUGGCUAAACUUAGACUUGCAGCUGAAAAAAAGAGAUUGCAG